CUCGUCAGUUGCAAGUCAGGAACUAUCGCGGCCGCGUGGUCGCCCGCCUUGCUAUUCGUCCCGUUCUCCUGCCGAUCUCGAGCGUGCCGAUCGGUCGAUCGAUCGCGGAAGUAUAAGAGCACGGUGAUCUUUCGCGAUUGAAUCGCGAUUUCGUGAUUUUCCGAUGUUAUCCCGCGAAGCGACAGGUUCCCGCUCGCGCGACUAGAUCGUUUUUUUUUUUUUUUUAAUUCAUGGGAAACCGCGGAAACGGAAACGCCGUGGCACCACCGAUCGACGAACGGAACGUGUAUAUGUAGACGAGAAGCGGGACGUGCGCGUGGGUAUAGUGUGACACGUAAGAUUUCUCACAGGCAGAAUGGAUAAAGACUUUCGCCGGGAUUACAGAAAAAUGCAAUGUGCUCUGCUUCACCUGCUGCUGAUAGUAGGGGGUGCAACAGGUUUAAAAGAUCUGACGAUAAAUGUGCCGGCUGUGGUCAGAUCAGGCGAUACCGUAACGCUGUCAUGUCAUUACGACUUGGAGGGAUCAUCUUUGUACACUAUACAAUGGUUCUUCAAUACCGUUGAAUUUUAUAGCUACAUACCCGAGCGCAAUCCACCGCUUAAAAUUUUCGACGUAGAAGUCGACAUACAAGUUAACGAUUCCAAAUCGAACACGCACGAUGUGACAUUGAUGAACGUGUCCAGGCAACUUACCGGGACGUACAAGUGCGAGGUGUCCGCUGGCAGUCCUUCCUACCACACUUUGAUAGCAAGGGCCAAAAUGGAAGUAAUCGACGCCCCAAAAACGGAUCCUACGAUUCGUACCGAGAAGGACCGCAUAGCGGUGCGCGAGACGCUGCGAGUCAACUGCUCCUCAGGCGACUCCCGACCAGCCCCCACUAUUACAUGGAAGCUCAACGGGGACCCUAUCACGGAGGACAAUAAUAAAACGCAAUACAUAAUAAGACACUGCCAUUCUCACAAUAACGAUUCACAAUCUACAAAAUCGAUAAUGGAAUUUGAAGUGAAGGAGAACAUGUUUCGCAAUGGAAGCUUACAUCUACGUUGCACGGCCUCCAUCUCGGACGUUUAUCGCAAAUCGACGGACAUCGUAAUCACCGAGGACAAACCGCAUCUCGCACCUAUCACCGGUGUAAAAUCAUCACCAUACGGUGGAGUGAACGGAUGCGCCGGACAGAAUUGGCCCUGGAAUGGUAACCGUGGCACGGCGAUAAUAAUGGCCGUCGCGGCGGCUACCCUGUUCCUGAUGAUGACGUCGACGCUGACGAUGACGGUUCCCCGUAACAUAACGAAUGUACCGGCGAGGAACGAGCCCACGGUUAGCAGGUAGCUCGCCCUUCAUGAAGAUAUCACUGCCACUGUCUGAUCUGAUUACAUCGUCCAUGUAAAACCUAGUAGUCUAGGGCUUCCAGUUAUGUAUGUUACUAUGUAUAGAAUAGAUAGUGGAAUAACGAUGAUUUUUAUUCUCUCGAGGAGCCUAAACGCGGAGAAGAUUGGCGUAACGCUAGCGAAUCGAUCGCAAGACUAUCCAUAACUCGUAUACUGUUACUUUUGAACGUGUUGUCUUUCGAUGUAAAUUGUUGAUCGCUCUACUAACGAAAAGAGGGAAAUAAAUGACGGAUAAAGAAACGUUCGCGUGUCGAGACACAGACAGAAAAAACGGCUAUCC